CCGACCUCACUAGUCACACCCAUGGCGACGCCGCUAUCCUACGAUGCUGCGUUGGGCAUUGGCUGUAUCGGUUAGUCAUGCCUAACACCUGCUCGACGGUAUGCUUGAGACCAUAGAAUAGUGUGCCAGACCGACACCCUAUGAUAUGAACCUCGGUGCCUAGUAACUGGGUAUGUCUGUCAUUGCUUGCGUAAUAUUCUGCUCGAUCCUGCUUAGCGAAGACCAGCUGCUAAUACGCUGUCCAACAUAUAUAGGACCCAGUGGCGAGCCUGCCACUAGGGCCACAUCGAUUGCUAUGAAAUGAGACCACCCAAGUGUUUUGUGUACUGUUACCGUUAUUAUAGGGUUAAUUAGGGUUCUAUUUUUCCUGUUAACCUCUAAAAAGGAGAAUUAGAAGACCUACUCUCUGUUUUUUCUUUAUUUAACCUCUAAAGAGGAGAGCCAGAAGACCCUACGAAUCACCGAUACGCCUGGAUGGUCGCCGUACCCGUAUCCGAUACGCACCGAUACUCCGAUACGUCCCGAUACGCGUAUCGGAUUAAUUCGAUUUAAAAAUAAAUUAUUUAAUUCGCGAUACGCGUCCGAUACUCGGCGAUACGUCCAUCCGAUACGUUGGGCUGUAAUAUCUCAUUUUGAAGCCCAGCUCAAGGUGAAGCCCAUCAAAAUAUCAACACCGGCCCAUCCAAAAACCUAGCUACUAAAACCCCCUCUCUACCUCACUCCGCACACCACAUCCACACACUAGCGCCGCCGCCGUCACUGGCUGCUCUGUGCUCUCUUCUGCGCUGCCGUGCUGCCGCUCGUCCGUCCCAGUCCCUUGCGCCGGCGGCUGGGAGCGAGCGGCCAAGCACCUCCGCCUAGAUCUGGAUCUACAGCCGGCGCAUAUCAUCAACGGGGAACAUGCUGUUCGGGGACGACCGGGACGAGGAAGGAUAGCUCCGCGAGAUCUUCGAUGUGCUGGGCUACCCGGACGAGAGGACGUGGCCGUGGUUCUCGUCCACGCCGUUCGCCAUCGAGUGGCUGCCGUUAGACUACAGAUAAUACGUUGCAAAGCAUGGCUAGUUCAAGUGCAAGUGGAAGUUCAACUUCUCCUUCUCCAUCACCUAAUCCCAGUGCCCCUGCUGGUAGUGCACAAGUUGAUCCCAAUCCUUCUGACGAGAGAUUGCGUAAAACUCCUCUGUGGAGGCAUGUUAAAUUACUUGAAAAGAAUGCUUCUUCGGGAGGAAAUGCAAAAUCUUUGAAUUUGGCAUUGAAAAAUAUUUGUGCUGCAAAGAAUGAUGAAGAUGAAAAUCCAGAACUUAAAUGGAUAAGUGAUAUUGCCGGGGAUGCUCUCCAAAUCAAGAAUUUUAUCAUGAAUCAUGGCAUGAGGCUGUCAAUGUUCAAUUCAUUUAGUAAGCUCAAGUUCCUAGCUAUUGCAGACACAAGAUUUGCAUCUGUCAUUGUUAUGUUGAAGAGGUUUCUUCUUCUCAAGGACUCGCUUAUACAGAUGGUAAUCAGUGAUAAGUGGAGAACAUAUAGAGAAGAUGAUCAGGAAAAGGCCAAUUUUGUGAGACAGAAGGUGCUUGAUGACUAUUGGUGGGAUCAAGUGAAAUACAUCAUUGAUUUCACUGAUCCCAUUUACUCAAUGCUAAGGGCAGCAGAUACUGAGAAGCCUUGUCUGCACUUAAUUUAUGAAAUGUGGGACAGCAUGUUAGAGAAAGUAAAAACUGUUAUUUACCGGAAAGAAAGGAAGGGGCCGCUGGAUGAAUCUGAGUUCUUCAAUGUUGUCAAUGACAUUUUACAAGAUCGUUGGCUCAAAAGCAACACCCCACUCCAUUGUUUGGCACACUCUCUUAACCCUAGGUACUAUAGUGAACAAUGGCUUUCAGAAAACCCAAACCGUGUAGCCCCACAUAUGGAUCCAGAAAUUUCAGAAGAAAGGAACAAUUGCCUUAGGAAGCUUUUUCCAGUUACAGAAGAGCUUAGGAGAGUUAAACAAUAGUUCGCUGAUUACUCACUGAAAAGAGGCAUCUUUAGUUUACCUGAUGUCCUGAUUCAAUUGAUGACAGAGCUCAUUUUGAUCCACUGCAAUGGUGGGGCAUCUAUGGGUCUAGGACCCAGAGUUGAAAGAAUUAGCUUUUAAGCUGCUUGGGCAGCCAGCUUCUUCUUCUUGCUGCGAGAGAAACUGGAACACAUACAGUUUUAUCCAUAACUUGAGAAGAAACAGGCUCACACCUGAACGUGCUGAGGAUUUAGUGUUUGUGCAUAACAACUUACGUCUUCUUUCAAGGUGUAGUGAUGAGUAUCUCACAGGGCCAACACAAAUGUGGGAUGUUGGGGGAGAUGGCUUUGAGACAUUUGAUGGUGUCGGUAUUCUUCAAGCUGCUAAUCUCACUUUGGAUGAGCCGGAGUUUGAGGUUAUGAUUGCAGAAGAUGAUUGAACUUUAGCAUGAAGAGAGCCUGCAUAAUCCUUUGAUUUGGCCUUGUGCCUUGUAUCUCUAUGUUAUGUAGUACACUAUGUGGUUGUGUUUGUCUGUUUGCCUCUCCAUCUUGAACUACUUGCUAUGACCUUGCCUAUUAUUUAUCUUGCGUCGUCAGGACUACUUGCUAUAUGUUUAUUGAAUAUUCUAUUAUGUUUAUUGAGAAAAAUAGAAAAAAUUAAUUUAUAUUUAUAUAUUUGACGUAUCGGCGUAUCGUGGUUUUUGGA